AGGGCGGCAAUGCAGCAGGGCGAGAAGAUUUCGGUCGCGAUCCGGGUGAGGCCGCCGAUCAGGCAGGAGCUUGUGAGAGGCAGCCAAUGGAAGCUUGGGGCUAGAACGAUCGCACUGUACAAUGCGCUCGGCGCACCUGUGCUGGGUCAAUCCUACAUGUUUGAUCAAAUAUUUACCAAGGAUGCGACCAAUGCAAGCGUGUAUGAGAUCCAUGCCAAGGAUCUCGUUCUAUCUGGGCUUCAAGGAUUCAAUGGAACAAUUUUUGCUUAUGGCCAAACCAGCAGUGGCAAAACCUAUACAAUGCGUGGGUCUGAGCGGGAUCCUGGGCUUAUCCAUCGUGCUAUAUGCGACGUUUUCAGCACCAUUCAGAGUAUACUAGACAGGGAGUUCUUGAUUCGGGUUUCAUACAUGGAAAUAUACAAGGAAGAAAUCAACGACUUGCUUGCUCCUGAAAAUCGGAAGCUUCGGAUACAUGAAAACUCCGUCAGGGGGAUUUUUGUGGCAGGAUUACGCGAAGAGAUUGUGAGCAGUCCAGAUCAGGUCUUUGAGUUCCUCAAAUUUGGAGAAGCUUACCGUCACUUCGGGAAAACCAACAUGAAUGUUUACAGUAGUCGAUCUCAUACCAUAUUCCGCAUGGUAAUUGAAAGCAGGGACAAGAAAAACGAUGGUCAAGACGAUGCAUUGGACGCAGUUCGCGUGUCAACUCUCAAUAUGGUAGAUCUUGCAGGCUCGGAGCGCAUCGCCAAAACUGGGGCUGGUGGUGUUCGUCUCAAAGAAGGGACGCAUAUCAACAAAUCCUUGAUGACACUUGGAACC